GCGCAGCAGGCGUCGCGAUCGCUCUCGCUCGCGGUCUCGUUCGUAUUCAAGGUCGCGCUCUCGCUCCCGUUCCCGAGACAGGGAGAGACGCAGACGUGCCAGCGGGUUCGACAUGGGUCCUGGGCCUUCUCUCGCAGCUGUGCCAGGGCUAGCAGGCCUGCUUUCUGGAGCCGGGGGAGCAGCGCCGGCAGCAGCACCAGCGCCGGCGGCAGCAGCUCCUGCGGCUGCUGCGCCUUCUGUCGGAACGCUGCCUCUCACGGGCGUCGCUGGCGCCAUGGCAGCGGGUUUCACGGGGCUGCCAGGCAUGCAAGCAGUUCCCGGGUCGAUGUUCCCCAACAUGUUCCCGUUUGCCGCCGCCGCCGCCCAGGGAGGAAUGCCAACGCAAGCCACUCGCCACGCGCGCCGGGUGUAUGUGGGCGGCCUCCCGCCCAUGGCGAACGAACAGAGCGUGGCGGCGUUCUUCAACAACGCCAUGACGCUCGUCAACGGCAACACCGCCGGUCCAGGCGACUGUGUGGUGUACGUGUACAUCAACCAAGAGAAGAAGUUUGCCUUUGUGGAGAUGCGCACGGUGGAGGAGGCCAGCAACGCCAUGGCGCUUGACGGCAUCAACUUCGAGGGAGUGUCAGUGAGGGUGCGGCGCCCCAGCGACUACAACCCAUCAAUGGCGGCCACGCUCGGUCCCACACAGCCCAGCCCCAACCUCAAUCUUGCUGCCGUCGGCCUCACUGCCGGUGGCUCGGGCGGAGCGGACGGUCCAGAUCGCAUCUUCGUGGGUGGGCUGCCGUACUACCUCACAGAGGAGCAGAUCCGCGAGCUGCUCUCCUCCUUUGGUCCUCUACGGGCGUUUGACCUGGUGAAGGACAGGGACACGGGCAACAGCAAGGGGUAUGGCUUCUGUGUGUACCAGGACCCCAGUGUCACGGACAUCGCCUGCAUGGCGCUCAACGGCAUGAAGAUGGGCGACAAGACUCUCACCGUGCGCCGCGCCACGGCCAGUGGUCAAGCCAAGCCCGAGCAAGCCAAUGUGUUGGCGCAGGCUCAGCAGCAAAUCGCCCUGUCGCGCAUGGCUCUGACAGGCGCCAACACUGUGGGGCUGGGGGCGGCAACUGCCUUGCCGGGUGCUCCUGUUGACAUCCCCACCAAAGUCAUCUGCCUCUCACAGGUGGUGUCACCGGACGAGCUGACCAACGAUGAGGACUACGAUGAGAUCAUGGAGGACAUGCGAGAGGAGUGCGCCAAAUACGGUUCGCUUGUGAACGUGGUCAUUCCUCGGCCGCCAGCACCAGGCGCAACAGCUCCUGGGGUGGGCAAGGUGUUUGUUGAGUACGGCGACACAGCGGGCGCCCUCAAGGCCAAGGCAGCCCUGCAUGGGCGCAAGUUUGGAGGCAAUGCUGUGGUGGCCAUCUUCUAUCCAGAGGAUGCAUAUGCGCGCGCCGACUACUCCAAGGUCUAA